CUCAAUCGAUAGAAAAAACGGAGUUCUAAAGAAAUAGCUCUAAGUUUGGUCGACUGGAACAAUGGAAUUAGCAGAAAAUAGGGCUCAAAGUGGGCAAAAUCGCCGAUUCGUCAAUAUUGCCGAGGUUGCUAACUUCGUGAGAGCGUAAUUCCAUCAGUUUUCCAUCAAAUUUCGUUCUUUUGGUCUCAUUACAAUUGGGAAAAGAUUCUCUAUCAUUUCAUUCAAUUUUUUUUUUUUUUUUAAAUUUUUGCGACACUAGGAGACACCUCAGGAUUUGGGGUUGCGACAGUCAAGGGGUUAAUCACUGAAGAAGGCACAUUCUCCCCUCUCUCUUCCUCCUCUGAAGCAAUUUCCUCAGCUGCGAUCUGUUGCUGUUCCAGUUGAAGGUGUUGCAGCUCUUCAGUGGUUAGCUCUUCCUUGUGGUCAUCCACCAACUCUUCUACAUGCUGGCCACUCACAUCCAACCCCUUAAUUUGCUACGAGUUCUUUCUUGAAUCCUAUCAUGUUUCUCUCCUUUAUGAAAGGGCUGGCAUUCAGAACUUUCUUUGGCCCUAUGGUGGCUUAUUUAGCAGUCACACUCAAUAAACAAGGACAAAAAAAAAUGGAUUAUUAUGAAAUGUUUCGGAUGAACGUGCAGGGUAAUGCUCACUCGAGAAACAAAGCUAGACUGACUCAGAACACAUGGGAGGCUUUGUGUGGGCACGGGCAGGUGGACACUUUCAGUAUUUCGGACCGACAAAAACCAAGGUCAUGAAUGAAAACUGGGACAAAAUUUUGACAGAAAAAAGUCAUUGAAAACCGAAUUCAGUGAAAACCAGGGCAAACAAAAACUGAGGUUUCACUGUACAGAGAUGGUUAUCUUUGUGUAAAUACACUGAGAGGUGUGUGGACGUAUCAAUUUGCUACCCUUACAACGGCGGCAUCCUCGUAAAUCCAUCUUCCCGAAUGGCUCUCAUAGGCACCUGUGUGUCUCAGUGUGGCAAAAAUCUGGCUCUUCAGUGGAUGUACAUGGACAUGUCUGGGAACCCUGUAAAUGACACCUGUAAUACUUGUGACCCAGUUACUAACCCAGUGUUCCUGACGCCAGUGACCACUUUCACCAUUGCUGCCAAUCCACUAUUCUUUGAAAUCAAUCCAAGCAUAAAUAAGUUCCGAUUCCGACUUACGGGAACAACAGAAACUCAAUCAAGUGGGUUUGCAGAGAUGGUGGUGGUUUUGAACGGUCCUCCAGCAAGUGGGACAUGUACACUGAAUACCCUUAGUCUGCGAGCACUCAUUGGAUUCAAACAAUGGCAACUUGUAACAACUGGAAAGACCAAGAAAAACUUGGUAUCCAGUCAUACACCUUUUAUUACCCUUCUGGUAAUACCCAAGCAACUAUGGGAUCAUCAGGUUUUAGUUAUUUGAAUUUGAUCUUCCCAGUGGGUAUUUUUGAUGUCUCGUGCCGUAUUACCGACAAUUUUGGAAGUUUUACAAAUGUGUUUCUUGGGACUGUGAAUGCCUCAAUGAUUACAAAGGCUCAGUACGAUGCUUAUAAUCCUUCAGCUGUACUUCAAAACUUGGCAUCAAUUGGUGAUCAAACAACAUUAGCGAUGGUUUUAAAUUCACUAGCAUCCAUUAAAUUGAAUGCUGAUUGGCUUUCACUAAAUGACAGUUCCUUUGGUAACUUAACAAGUGAUCAAGCCAAUGAUAGACUUAAUGAAAUAAGUAACAUGAAUAAACAAGCACUUGAAUUUGCUGCUGAUACUAUGACUUUUUCUUCAUUAUCUCAACUUAA